GUUUGUUUUUUUUUGUGUAUUGUUUCUAUUUGUAUGUGAUGUCCCUAAAUUCUGACGUCAGGGUCUUUGAUGAUCCCAAUGAUGCCAGGAUCCACAUGGCAGCAUUGAUUAGUGAUGCUUAUCUCCAUGAUGCCAGGGCUGCCAUGGCCAAGAAAAACCCUGCCUUUCCCCAAAGAAAAAUGAGAAAAAGCAGGAAGAGAUCCCUCACUAAUCCACUGGUCACAGGCAGGCGUGAGAAACGUCGGGAAACACACUGCUCUGCAUCAGCUGCUUCUCAAUCCAGAAGAAGGGAUCCAGUGCACGAGGAAGGCCUUCAGAUAGAAGAUCAAGAGCUGGCAAGUCUUGAAACAAGACUCCAAGAGUUAAGGGACACUAUAACUGCAGACCAGGUUCCGGAGGGAACAGACAGAAUGGUUUCUGCUUGGGAACAAAGGCAGCUUCUCACAGAUGUGAGAAUGAAAACUGCUAGGCCUAUGCUUUUUGAUGCAAAGCUCUCAGCCGAGAGAGUAUCCGUCCAAAAUUGUCACAGAUGCUGUGCUGUAGAAGCUGUGAUUAGGUGCCUGGACUGUGUACCACUGGACAUGGAGUACCUCUGUGCUACCUGUGACAUGGAGGCCCACAAGAGAAAUAUCUUCCAUGACAGAGAGGCUGUGUUCCAUGGAUUUCUUGAGCCCAUUCCCCCUACAACUGCUGUGGUGCUGAAUGAAAAUGGCCAGCCUCAGUUUUGUGAACAAAUAUGUCAACUGCCUGUUCCUGCACCAAGGUCAAUUUGUGAAUGCACACAUGACUUCACAAUCACUCCAGGGAAGCAUAUUUCUGUGGUCACCAUCAAUUCUAGCACCAGCUGCCAGACCCUGUACAAGUUUGAUGUCUUCACCUCGUUUGAACAUAUGAAGGUGACGGCACCAGCCAUGUCCAGGCAGGCCAUCCUGAAAAUGUUGGAGCACAGAUCUGUUCAAGCUGGAAGGCGAAGCUUUUUUGAGUUUACCUUCUGUCAAUACAAAGAAGAGGAUAUGUGCCAGGUCCAUCAUUUUGAGUGUCCAGCAUGUUAUCCAGACAUGUUGGCUGUCUGCUCUGAUGGGAACCGAAAACAUUACCGCUUCAGCAAGUCAAAAGGGACUGAGGAGCCAGCCAUAUACGAGGGCUUGUUCUUGGCCAAGGACAAGGAAGUUGCUACCUUUGUUGACCUCGUCAGAGGCAACAUGAGAAGUGCAAAUGAAAGUGCUGUGUGCGGUACUGCCAAGUUCACCGCUGGCAGAGAGAUGUCAAAAAAGUCUGGUGCUCAGAUAGACGAGGAGGGCAUUCAAGUUGCAGUUUGCAGACAUGGGUUUCUCUUACGAGGACUGAACCAUUACCGUGGAGAAAUUUUUGCUUACCCAAUGUUUCUUCAAAGAGAGAUGUCAAAGAAGGCAAAUGUUACCUUCUUCUGUAUGGAUGUUACAUGCAGGUACUGGCCCUACCUUAACAAAGUAGCAGAGGGUUUACCAGAGCUUCUGCCAUUGACGGAAAUGAGGCCAUUUCUGAGCGUCAUGCAUGCCAAAGCCCAUACAGCAAAAUGCGAGGUGAGAUGGGGUGGCAGAAGCCAGGAUGGAGCAGGAAACACGGUGGGAGAAGAAGUAGAGCAGGUGAACAGCUUUCUCUCCAGGGCAGCACUUGUCACAAAAUACAUGACAAAGGCUGGAAGAGUGAACAUGCUAACGCGACAGGCCAUGGGUUGGAACAGAAGAAAGAGGGACAACCUUCAUCAAGUGUUAGCCCACAGAUAUGUCAAAAUCACAGAGAGGGCAAAACUGGAAGCUGCCAGCCUUAGCAAAAUCAGGAAGGAGCACAACCUUGAUCAGGACACAAUACAGCAGUGGGUGUGUGAUGUCAGACAAUGGGCGGUUACAGGUAAAACAGUACACUAUGUAUAUACAGUGUGUGUAUAUAUGCACACACACACACACACACACCUGUUAAUGACUGUACCUUUAUACAAAUAAUAAAAGGUGGCUAUAUUUUGAAAAUGUCACUAAUUGUCUCUUGUUCAACUGUUUUGUUUCACCUAUUUAGAGAGAGUCUACACUACAGGUUGUACUGAAGAGCUAAGGGCUGACAUUGAGAACAUCACUGUAACCCUUUUGUGCAAGAAGAAAGAUCUCUAUCGUCUACAUGGUUUGUUGUCAAAUCAAGUUAAGUUAAUAACACUUAAAAAAACAAUAAUAUUCUGGGAUUAUGGCACAGUUUUCUUUUCGUUUCGAUUUGCAGAUAGCAACCAGGCAAGACAAAGAAAGAAAAAGAAAAUGACAGAGUUGAAGAAGAAGCUUCGCGAAAAGGUCUUGCAAUACAACACCGUAGUGGAAGGAGAUCCGA